CCUAAGUGCCUACUAUUACCUAGGCAUCUUCAAUUCGAUAAUCUUGCAUCAGUUGUUGUGCAAUUGCUUCUUCAUCCGUUGAAGAAACUUCCCCGCGGGACUGCCACACAUCCGGUGAUCAAUAAGAAAGAGAAGCAAAAACAAGGAAAGAGGUUAUCUAUCCAGAAAAUUUUUACCCAGGUCCCGCAAAUUACUACAAUGGCUCGUACUAUACAAGAAACCCUUGCCUCAGGGUCUCCUAGCAAUACAGCAAGCUCCCAAAAGCCAGUACAAUAUGUGGAAACCGUCGAGGCAUACAACAAAUGGGCGGAGGUCUAUGACACAGACGGCAACUUCCUACAAGCCCUCGACAGCAUCGAAAUACAACAGCUACUACCACAGCUCUUGGACAAAGUAACCGCCAAUACACAGAUAGGUCCGGUAAAACUAGUCGAUCUAGGCUGUGGCACAGGUCGAAACACUCGCCAGCUACUGAAGUUCGCGCCCCAAGAUGCCCAUAUCGUUGGGCUAGAUGCUUCGCCGGGGAUGCUGGAUGUUGCUCGGACCGCUAUCGACAAGGAGAAGCAAUCCGAUCCUUCUCUUGCUAAUAGGGUUUCGUUGGAGAUUUAUGAUCUGCUUCGUUCGCCCCCGGCACCGCCUGAGUGUAGCGUGGGCGCGGCUGGUGUGAUUUCAACUCUGGUGUUGGAGCAUAUCCCCGUGGACCAGUUCUUUGAGGGCGCGGCGGCGGUGAUGAGACCUGGAGGGUAUUUUCUUUUGACCAAUAUGCAUUCUGAGAUGGGGUCGAUUAGCCAGGCGGGGUUUGUGGAUACGGCGACUGGGACGAAGAUUCGGCCGACUAGUUAUUCUCACACGAUUGAGGAUGUGUUAGAUGCUGCUGAGAAGGCGGGAUUCGAGGUUGAAGAGUUGGGCGGGGAGCGUGUCCGCGAGAGGAAGGUGAAUGAGACGAUGGUAAAAGAUUUGGGUAAAAGAGCGAAUAAGUGGAUCGGUGUCACGGUGUGGUUUGGAAUUUGCUUUAGAAAGCGGUUGUGAAGAAGCGCUACUCUUUCUGAAGCUUGACCCUGUUCUCGCUGUGAGGAUUGAAA